CUUUGAAAAACCCUUAACGGCUCAGAUUAUCCAAAUCUCCUAAUUCUCCCAAAACCCUUUCUUCUCCGUUUCGCCGUCUUCUCCUCCUUCUCCAUUUCUUCUCCAACAUCAAAAAACCCUAGAAUCAAUGGCGUUACUCUCUCGAAUCCGCUCAUCCGCCUCCCUCCUCCGUCACCUCAACCCCUCCCCUCAAAUCCGCUCCCUCUCCUCCUCCUCCGCCUCAUCGAUCCUCUCACCCGACUCCAAAACCCCACUCACCAGCAAACAAAAGAGCAAAACCGCCCUCUCCCUCCUCAAAACCGAGAAAGAUCCGAACCGCAUCCUCGAGAUCUGCCGCGCCGCUUCCCUCACUCCCGACUGCCACAUCGACCGCCUCGCUUUCUCCGCCGCCGUCCAAAACCUAACCGAGAACAAACACUUCUCCGCCGUCACGGAUCUCCUCGACGGAUCCAUCGAGAACCGCCCCGAUCUCAGAACGGAGCGGUUCGCCGCCCACGCGAUCGUCCUCUACGCCCAGGCCGACAUGCUCGACCACUCGCUACGCGUCUUCGCCGACCUCGAGAGGCUCGAGAUCCAGCGCACGGUGAGAUCUCUCAACGCUCUCCUCUUCGCUUGCUUGGUGGCUAAGGAUUACAAGGAAGCGAAACGCGUUUACAUUGAGUUCCCUAAGAUGUACAAGAUCGAGCCUGAUCUCGAGACUUACGACCGUAUGAUCAAAGUCUUCUGCGAGUCCGGCUCCGCGAGCUCGUCUUACUCCAUCGUCGCGGAGAUGGAGAGGAAAAGGAUCAAGCCGACGAGCGCCACGUUCGGUUUGAUGAUUGCUGGAUUUUACCGAGAGGAUAAGAAGGAGGAUGUGGGGAAAGUGUUGGCGAUGAUGAAAGAGCGCGGCGUUAGCGUGGGGGUAUCGACUCAUAACAUUCGGAUCCAGAGUUUGUGUAAGAGGAAGAGAUCUGGGGAAGCAAAGGCUUUGCUUGAUGGGAUGUUGUCUUCGGGGAUGAAGCCGAAUGCUGUUACCUAUGGUCAUUUGAUCCAUGGGUUUUGUAGUGAAGGUGAGUUUGAUGAGGCGAAGAAGUUGUUUAAGAGUAUGGUGAACAGAGGGUGUAAGCCUGAUAGUGAGUGUUACUUCACUUUGGUGUAUUACUUGUGUAAGAGUGGAGACUUUGAGGCGGCUUUGAGUGUUUGUAAGGAGAGUAUGGAGAAGAAUUGGGUUCCGAGUUUUGGUAUCAUGAAGUCGCUUGUUAAUGGACUAGCCAAGGAUUCCAAAGUCGAAGAAGCUAAAGAGCUUAUUGCUCAAGUUAAAGACAAGUUCACUAGAAACGUCGAGUUGUGGAAUGAGGUUGAAGCGGCUUUGCCUCAGUGAAUCAAAAGAUAAGAUAAGGCCUUGAUAUUUACAUCCUUUCUCUUGUCAACGUUAAAUAAGAGAUAUUGUUAUCUUUUGAGCAUUGAUCUUGGCAGCUAUAGACAACUCUGUUUUAUGCUGGGUCAUUAUUGUUUUUUUCCAGACAGAAUCAUGAAAUUGGUCAUAGGUUUCUCUAUUAGUUUUGGUUUCUGGAUAAGUGAUUUUAGCAUUUAUCUUAUCUGUAUGAUUGGUCAAAGCAUUCAAACGGUUUUAGCCUGUCA